UUGAGAAUUUCAUCAAUAUCCAAUUAUUUGGAUUGCGAAAAACACUGUUCCCCAGCGCAGCGUUCUAUUUUCUAAUUAUUUAAACCCUGCUCUACCCUACGAUGUUGCCUUGUACUCACCGCAGGACGGUGGGUCUAGCAGUCGUUUUACUAAUCACCGCUGGAGUAGCGCUGUCGGAGAAGACGAAACUAGACGAGGAUGGUAUUUACGAUUUCCGAGAGGAUAAGAUAUUUGAUGAUGUGAUCGAGGGUAAACGAAUUGUAUCGGUGUUCUUCCACGAUCCUCACCUGGCUGCUAGCGAAAGUGUCAAGUACGAGUAUCGGUUGGCGUGCAAGGAGCUGAAAGAGGAAGGAGUGGAUAUGCAGUAUGGUAUAGUGGACACAUCCAAUGCCAAUACACGUGGCUUGUUACGCAGAUUCAGUAUUUUCAGAGUGCCAACAGUCCUGAUCUUCCAUGAGAGCAUACCAUAUCAGUUCUAUGGCAACCUGACCCGAACGGGUUUAGUUGAAGUGAUGCGCGAGCAUGCUCAGCCUAACUGGAAGUCUGACCACGCUGAUGGCAUUGUCACCGAGCUUAGCGAUGACACUAUCCAGGACUUCACGUUGUCUCGCCGAGCUGUAAUGAUGAUGUUCUAUGCGCCAUGGUGCAACCAUUGCAAGCAGAUGGAGCCAGCGUACAUGGAUGCGGCGGAAAUGAUGCAGGAACACAAACCGGCCGUACCCUUUGGACGGGUCGACGGAGCCAAAUACUCGGACAUCUCCACUCGCUUUAACGUCACAGGUUUCCCCACGCUAAUCUUCUACAGAAAUGGCCAGGAGAUUCGGUAUGAUGGUGCGAGAUCAGCGCAUGAGAUAGCCCAAUGGAUCAAGGUACGCAUUGCACCGGCGUCUACUCCGUUGAAACCGCUUGCAGGGGCCGCGAAGAAACACGGCACCAUCUCCAAAGAUGCCGUUGUUGUUGGGUUCUUCCCCAGUGAUGAGGCGCCGGAGCUGGUAACCUUUCACGAACUGGCAGAUGCAUUCCGCGGGGAUUUGAAAUUCGCUCACAUGAUUGGUAGCGAUGCAAUGGAAAUUGCAAGGCAAGAGUUUGGAGUGACAAGUGAUGCACUUGGAUUUGUCAUUAUCCGUGAUUCGCGAUUGCCAGUCAGGAAAGGUGAAAAGAAGUACGCUGUGUUCGACGAUGAUAUGUUCGACUAUGCUGCUGCCAAGACGUUUGUGGAGAACAAUUUCCGCUCUCUCGUAAACUUCGGGACGAAGAAGAACUGGAUGAUGCGGUUUGCUCCCAUUCGUCCAUUGGUUGUGGUCAUGACAGACAUUGAGUGGGAGUCAACACGUCUUAUUCAGCACGAGAUUGACCAGCUAGCCCAGGUUGCCGAGAAGUUUCCCGAUAUCAACUUUGCAAUUGCAGACCCCGAGGAGAUGGGCGAACUUGUACCUCAGCUUGGCCUCUCUGAUCAUGAUGAGGAUGCAGUGGCGUGUUUCAUAGAGGAUGAACGCUCCAGGUUUCCAUUGCCGGGUGCAUUCACAGCUGACAAGAUGAUUGAACAUCUGCAGCGGCAUGAAAAUGGUGAGCUCAAGCCAUACUACCGUUCGCAGAAAGAGCCAUCGCGCAACCAAGGACCCGUCAAGACACUAGUUGCCAGCUCUUUUGAACGCCUGGCUGGUGAUGUCUCCAAGGAUGUUGUCAUUCUCUUUGUGACCCAAGUCAGCUCCGACUGCCAGAAAUUUGAAGCUGUGCUGAAAAAGGUUCACAAGCAGCUUGUGUCUGAUUCCACCCUGUUCUUUCGCUUUGAUGUCGAACUCAAUGACCUGCCAGUGAAUUUCAAUGCACCAAGUACCCCAUCCCUUGCGAUGUGGCCUUCUGGCAAGGAGAGGUCCUCACAGCCCGAAGUAUACAAGGGCCGUCGUCGCAUUGACAGCAUUCUGGAGUUCAUUCGCAAGAAUUCCGGUUUGUCACAAUCGAGCACGGCUGAGGAUCCUGCACCGGCGAGUAAAGCAGAGAGUGAGCAGCAGUCCGAUCAUGAGGAGCUAUAAUGAACGAGCUGCUGCACUAGCCACCUGAGCUGUGCAGCUUCUGAUUUAGUUUUUGCCGUUUCUAGCCUUGCUCCAGCUGCUGAUCUAAUAUCUGUCACCUUGCUAAUUGCCGUUGCUUGUAGCCACUCAUCCCCGUGAACAAUGUUUGUAAUUUGGAAAUUACUGAGCUUCACAUGGCAUACACACUGCUUUCUCUUUGUCUGAUUAACGCUUUCCAUUGCUGUUGAGGCUGAUUUGACCACUGCUAUUCGCAAAUCCUAUUAAUUUUUGAAAUAAAGAAAGUUGCAGAAAAGGA